CUUUAACUUCAACUUAAGCUUCUUAGCUACCUAUUUAUACUAUUUAGACUGCUGUGAAUCAAAAGAUGUUGAAAUUCUUUCCGAUUUUGGGUGUUUUGGUUUUGGUAGUGAUCCUAUCGGCCAGUAGUGACGCAAGACCACAGCUGCAAAGGAGGCAACUUUUGGAUAAAAACGUGCAAAAUAGGGAACAAGAGAGCGAUGAUCUGGACGAUGGAGCUGAAAAGGAUGAUCUUAAGGGAUCAGCUUCAUACGGCUAUGGCUAUUAUGGAGGAUAUCCUUUUGGAGGAUAUGGCGGUGGAUUAUACGGCGGAGGAUUGUAUGGUGGUGGAAUUUACCCAUAUAGUUAUAGUUUGCAUAGUGGAUAUUAUGGAGGAUACUCCCCAUACUCCUACUACGGGGGAUAUGGUUUCCCAGGACACUAUUUCUAGAUUUAGACUUUUUUCUUUUUAACCAAAAAAUUACACAGACAUAGUUUUUAAGUUAGAUCCUAAAUAAUAAGUGAUUUUUAUUAAAACCAAUCUGAAUAAUAUUAAAGAUCUUGAGGUAUUAAAUAUGUUAAAAAAUAAAGUGAAACAGUUAAUAAAGAAAAGAAAGCAAUCAGGAAUAUUAACAAAAACA